UGGGGCCAUAUUUAUAUAUAAAAUAUAUUGAGAGGAUACCCUUUGAUGUGGGAAAAAUAAAUGGAAGAGGAUGGAAGAGAGGAAAGAGAUAGUGGAAAAUGAAGUGGAUGAAGGAUAGUAUGAGGUGUCAAAAUAGGGUAAGGAGAGAGAAUAAAAGAGAGGAUAAAACCAUCCUCUCCAAUAUUCAUGCUCUUAUAUCCAUAUUCCUUAUUCCAUACCCGACAAAAAGAAAAAAAAAAAAUUACUAGCAAACGGAAGAUUGACCAAAUUCUGCCCAACGAUUUCAACCGGAGAGAAAAAUUGAUCGUCGAAAUUCAUUGUAAUCCUUACCGGCGGUAAGAUUUCCGGCGCUAAUCUCGCCGUCAUAUUCAACGGAACCCUAAUCUCCUUUCUCUCUCCUCACCAAUCACCCCCUUGUAAAACCCCAUCAAAAAUUCACUCCAGAUUAAAUGGAAAAGAAGCCAUCUGAAUUCGAAGAUCUAUCAUCAGUACAGGCAGUUUUAGUUGGUGCUUUAGCUCCUGGAGUCAAUGCUCCGACAUGGACUACAUUGAAAAUGGUGUUUGUGAUGCUGGGUGCUAGUCUAAUUUUGAUGCUUGUUUUGGGAUUUACUUCUAGUGAUACUGCUUUGAUUCUUCAUGUUGGGUUUCUUGUUCUUAUCACUCUUACCUUAUUUUUAUUGCUCACAAGUUUUCUCGAACAAACGGGUCUAGUUUCAGUUGAACAUCAAAUGCAAGAAAUGGGCUUGGUGCCUAAGGAUAGCAAAACAAGCCCUAAAACCGAGUAAAAAAGGGUGCAGUUUCAACCAUGAUAUGUGACAGUUUAGAGCAAUUGAGAAGAACAGAUCUUUUCAAACAAUCAGAAUUUUUUCAAUUGUAAUUUCAAAUUUUCAAUGACAACACAGUACUUCAGACAUCUUACAUUCUUACAGAAGAAGAGAAAAGGAAGUUGGCCAUACGACUUCUCAUUACAAGAUGACAGAAAGUUGAAGGUGCUCACUCGUCCUGUUGUUGCUUCUUCAUUUGAAAUUUUGACCCCUUCUGGACUUCAUGUAAUAGGAACACGAGCACUAUCGGCAUUGCUGCAUAAACUUCAUCCUCCAUCUACACUUCUGCUAUAAAGUAUUUAUAGGACAACACUAGAAUUUUUGUUCCUCUUUCUUGGUUUAUAUACCUAUUCGUUGAUAAGAAGUAUGCAUGGCUUUCUAAUCAUAAGGGGCUUCAUGAUAUGCUUUGCCAUUUUUAUAAGUCAUGUAAUAUUUUUUUUUUGUAAGAAAUCAAAUUGCCAAAUAAUAGAGAAGAGUAAAUAGUUUCCUA